AUGCGGGCGCUAGAAGCGAAUUCCGAAUGGCCUCACUUAUCCGAUGGCGCUAUACUGCGUAAAGUGGAACUGAUUCCAAAUGCUUCAACCAACGUCUCUAGCUACCAGCUGGAACACUUGUUGGAGGAGGCCCACCCCCAACCUCCUCUCUCACAGGCUCCACUCCCAGCCUCUUCAACUUGGAAUCCGAUCGCUUUUCGGUCCCCAUACCCAUUUCGUGAUCAGAGAGACUGCCGAGGCAUCGCAGAGCAUUGUAUGUUCUGGGGUUUCAAAUCGCAACAAAAGAAUGAAGUCAACGAAGACAAGAAAAAUCCGUUCAAAACAAAACUCCCAUGGCUGGUGGCUGUGCCUGGAAAUAGCUUUGGGCUAGUAAAGUUAGUUACGAUGCCAUCUCGAGUCCAACUUCCACCGUUUUUGUUCUAUGCCUAUCGAACCCUUGAGCCUUCGGAUUUUCAACAUUAA